AUGAGUACACACAGACACAACACGCGAUGCGAUGGGCAUGCAUUCUGCAGUCCCCGUGCGCAGAUCCCACUCUUCCCGCCCCUCCUCCUCCCCACAGUGGACGCUGCUCUCUCAGUCUUAAGACCGCGCAUUCCAAUCAUCCUGUCUGUCGCCCACCCACACCCGCUCACUCGCUCCCUCUCUCGCCCACGUUAUUCCAUCCAUAUAGUGUGAGCAUCCCCUCGGCCUGGCUGGUGCGACGCGUUCGCAGAUAUGGGUAUCCAGCAACCUUUUAUGUACGAUUCCGACAGACGCGAUUCGCUCUCCCCCGAAAAGCCGUUCGAUCCCAAAGCCGUCACCAGAGCAAGCUGGGGCCCGCCGCCGCAGAGGCCGAAGAAGAAAGACGGACCGCUUAUAUCCUUCAACCGCCACCCUGAUGCUCACGACCUCCCGAGUGGCCGAAUGUCGAAGUUCCGUCCGAUGAGCAGCACUACGAAGUGGUGGGUCAAGUUCGCACGACAUGUCCAGCUAGUACUCCGCCUCCUCGAGAUGGUCGGCGGUGGAGGCCUACUGGUGCUCAUGAUCCUGCUCAGUAACGUCGAUCCGCUUACGAGCUGGGUGCUGAGAAUCGUGCCCGGCGUCGUGGCUACCAGUUGCGGCUACGCCGUGUGGCACCUCGCCCGGCCCGCCCACAAGCGGGCCCCGACGUCGUCGGCCGCCUACCAGCUGUUCGCCGCGUUCACGGACCUGGCCGUGCUGCCGCUCUACGCCUUCGGCGUGAUCUCCACCGUCAACCACGGCACCAGCUGGACCACCAUCAUGGCAGCCUCCGAGGUGCUGCGGGAUUACCUCGUGCAGUCGGAGCGCUACCUGCUCGCCUGCGCCGGCGGCCUGCACGUCGUCUCGCUCGGCAUCUCCGUCUGGCUGGCCCUCGUCUUCCGCCGCAUCGCCCGCAUGCCGCCCGACAUGAACCCGCUCGAGAACCACCUCACCUCGCGCGUCAGGCAGCACAAGCGCAACAAGUCCUCCGUCGCGACGAGCUACACCGCGCUCUCGGACGGCUCCGUCGCCACCGCCGCCGGCAAGCGCCUCUCCACCCCGCUCGAGGGCUACCGCAGCUCCGGCGCCCCCUACGAGGACGUCUCGCGCCCGCCCAGCAUCCCGUUCGCGGGCACGCGCGCCGCCGGCUCCCGCGACUCAGUCGCCUCUUCAACGAAGCGCGACUCGCGCAGCGACCUACCAAGCCGACAGUACCAGGUGACGCCGGGCAACUCCCCGCGCAACAGCGCCUCGGCGGCGUCCCUCGGGCGCGCCGCGCAGCGCAUGUCGGUGCCGCAGCUGGCGCAGCGCGCGAGCUUCGCCGAGGUCUCGCAGCGCGAGGACGCGUCGCCGCCGCCGUCCUCGCCCUCAUCCUCGUCCCCCUCCGCCGCCACCGCCGCCCUGCCCGCGCCGUCGCCGCGCCAGCCCACCAACGCGUCGCCGACGCGGCUCGCCAAGUUCACCGAGGCCUGGGAGGCGACGGAGUCGCUCGUCAACCGGACGCAGGAGCGGCAGCGCGCGCUGGCCGCGCUCGAGCGCCGCCGCGCCGCCGCCGACGCCCGCCAGUCCCAGUACGAGGCGCUGAGCCAGCGCUACAACUUCGCCGACACCGACUCGGACAGCGACUCGGACCUGGGCCGGCGCGGGCGCGGCGCCGCUGGCCACUACCGCUACGACAACCACCCCGCCGCCGCCGCCGCCGCCGGCGACCGCAUCAUGCGCCCGGACGACUCGGACCUCGACGGCGCCGCCACCGACGACGACGACGACGACGACAACAUCCAGAGCAGCCCCAUCAACGUGACGGGGCAGCUGCGGCCCAACCCGCUGCGCCUGCACCCGCUGCCGGAGCCGGAGCCGCUGGCGCUCGGCGCGCCGCCGUCGAGGCCGCAGGCGGCGUCGCGGCACUCGGUCGCGGCAGUAGAGGCGAAGAAGGCGCCGGCCUUCUGGCGCCGCAGCGCGGGCGCCGCCCCCCGCCAGGUCCGCAACUCGUCCAUCCAGCCCGACGCUGACUUCUACGCCAAGCCCUACGGCGAGCUGAAGCCCGCGACCCCGCCCAUCAUGGUCGGCGGCGGCGCCGAGCGCAAGGUCUCCGGCACCGACUACGGCGACCUGGGCGCGGGCGCCUGGCGCCGCCGCGUCAGCGGCAAGGUGGCUGAGGAGGGGCUGGCCGCCGGCGGCGCGGCGGAGCGGGGCGCGAGGUACGGCGUGGUGAACGAGUGAGGCGUUUAGUUUUGUU